GUUCAGGGACGUAUUGUGUAAAUAAAACGGUAUGGCACAUGACUGCUCCUGAGAAGUUGUAUGUUUCCGUUAGUUCUCCUGUCUAUAACUAAAUUACUUCAGCUUAUGCGAGAUAGCUUGGAGAUCUAAGCAUAAAAUGUCGUCUUUAAAGUUUUGCGCUAAUUUGUCAUGGAUGUUCACGGAAUUGCAAGGAUUCCCACAGCGCAUGUAUGCAGCAGCGGCGGCUGGGUUUCAGGCUGUGGAGGCAGCUUGGAUUUACGAUGCGGAUAUAAACGAGCUAAAAGAAGCCAAGCGGCGAACUGGACUCCGGGUCGUGGUCAUUAACACUCCUCCUGGUAACAUUAAGGCUGGGGAACUCGGUCUGGGUGCUGUCCCUGGCAGGCAGGCAGAGUUCAGACGGGGCUUGGAGAGUGCAGUGAUGUUGGCAAAGGCCCUGGACUGCAGCAGGAUCCACUUGAUGGCGGGUAGAGUGCCUCCAGGCAUGGACCGAGCUUGCAUUGCCAUGGAGAUGGAGGCUACCUUCAUAGACAAUCUGAAAUUUGCAGCAGAUGUCCUUUCAAAGGAAGGAAUUCUUGGCUUGAUUGAGCCAAUUAAUACCAGGAUAACAGACCCACAGUACUUCCUGGAUACUCCCCACCAGGCUGCUGCAAUUCUGCAUAAAGUUGGCCACUCAAACAUGAAAUUGCAGAUGGUUUCCCAGGACAUCUUCCAUUGGCAGAUAAUGGAUGGCAACUUAACUCAAAACAUCCAGAAGUAUUUCCCUAUAAUAGGUCACGUGCAGAUUGCCCAAGUUCCUGAUCGUAACGAGCCAGACAGCUCCGGAGAGGUGAACUUCCCCUACCUCUUUGACCUGCUGGAAACAGUUGGAUAUAAAGGCUACAUUGGAUGUGAAUAUAAACCAAACAGUACAACUGAGGCUGGUUUGGGAUGGCUCAGAGAGUACUGGAAUAAUCACAAGACGAAAGACGCUGGUGUACCUUCAUGCCCUUCAGAUCCUUGAAGACUGUUGAGAAUCCAGUGGAUAGUAUUAUUGAUAAUUUUAAGUGUAUAAUUCACAGUAGUAAAUUAAUUGUACAUUGCUUUCAGAUCAAUUACCAGUCCAGAUGAAAAAAAUGUAAACUGUAAACCAUGUAUGUUGCCCAGUAUUACAUUUCCAGCUUUGUAAUAAUUUGCUAAUUAUUUUGUUGUUAUUAUAUUCUUUCCAGAUAUAAUUUUUAAUUUCUACACUUAGUUCCAAAAUCAUGCAGCUCGGUAUUAUAUGCACUGCAGUUGUGACAUUGUGAAUGACCUCAAAUCAUAUCAUAGAUAUUCUGGACCUGAAAAAAACUUUAAAAUUGUUUAUACUGUUGUUAGAGAUAGAUAGUUAUAAUGAUGCUGGGACUAAAUUGCUUUAGGGGGAAGAGCACUCUUUUAUUUGCAGCCCUAAAAAGGACCAGUCACAAUCACCAAACAACCACCGACACACAUGAAGGGGAAACGCAGGGAGGUCAGAUGUCAGACAAAAAGACACACAAACAGUGGGUAGUUUCCACAAUGGCUAAAGACAUGCGAGAAUCGGACAGGAUUCAUAUAUGACACAGGCAAGGACGCAUGACAAUAGGGAUACAACACAAGUAUUUACAAUAACACAUACAGGGGCUAUUUACAAUGCCCCCAGAGCAUGUGUUGAAAUGUUAAUUAGCUCCACUACGUGGAGGUAUCGUGCUGGUGCUGCAGUAUAUUCAGCUCGAUAGCCACUGGUUUUAUUGAUUAUAACCAUGUACUUAGCUUGAUGAAAAUAGUUUCACUGGAAUGUUUUAAUAGAUUAAAAAUCCAUAUUUCUCUA